UACUCUUUGGUCAUUCUUUGCAGAUACAUGUAAAUAUAUUUAUUUUUUGUCAUGUUUCCAUUGUUUUACAUUUUUUUUGAUGAACAUUCAGCUAUUAGUUUGUUAUGCUCUUAAUUAGACUCUAACAAAUAUAUUUGCUAAUUUAGAAAUGGCACAAUCAAGAUUACAAAAAUUUGCCAGCAUUUUCAAUCGUGUUGAAGGUUUCCUGCGAUCUGGAGGAAUCAAACCUGAUGAUAAACCCAUCUGGUUCGAUGUUUAUAAACGAUUUCCCCCAGUUGUUGAACCUAUUUACUUAAGGCCUUUACCUGAUAUUAAUGUCAAACCUAUUUUUUAUCAUGAAGAUAAAAUAAGAGCUGAAUUUUAUAGAGUAUUUGGAUCACCUGGUGUUAUCGAUUUAAUGGACUCUUCAAAUCCAACAAUUUGCGACCUAUUCAUAGAAAAAUAUGUCGAAAUAGCGAAAUCAAGUCAAAUGGAUAUUGAUGAUGUUACUCUUUUUAACUUAGCCGCAAAUAGAUUAAGGGAGUCUGGUAUCAAAUUAAGAAAGUAUGAAGGAUCAAACAAUAUUGAUUUGCCCGAUGUCAAUAUUGAUAAACCAGCAAUGAAAUCACACAACCCAAAACAAAAUAUAGAUAUAGCAAGUUUAAUGGAUAAUGAAUAAAAUGUAAUCGAUAUUAAAUUAUGAGUUUGUGCUUGUAAAAUGAAA